AUGCGCCGACUCCUUCGCAAUGCCUAUGAUGUGAACGACGCCGGUGUGACUAUCACAAUAGAAGCUUUCACUCCCCAGCAAGUCUGCGUUGACCUUUUGACUCGACAUUAUGCGGCCAAGUUCCAGCCCAAGGGGUGGAACGUCAACGCGUCUUGUCCCAAUUUGACGGCAACUAAUUUCUCCCGCGGCAAUGAGCGGCCCGCAUCGGAGUCUGUGUUGAAUAUUAUUCGAUUGGCGACCCUGUGUGCCGAUGGCGAGUCGGGAAUGAACACAGAUGAGAAAGGUGUUGUCCCGUGA